GCACUAUCCGUCUGAAACCAUCAUUGCCCAUUUGGCCAAGGGGGCAGAGUCCCAAAAAAGGAUGUAGCCCUGGUGCUGGCAGUCCACAGGGCUCACAUCUUCUCCAGGAGUGAGGUAAUGAAAACAAACUGCUUCUGACCAUGGAGUAGCUUGCAGUAGACCACUGCCUGCUGAAGACUCAAAGAACUGGCCAUAAUUCAGAAGGCAUUAGCUUGAAGGUCUGAAGAGUCACUCCAGCAGCCAUGAUUCAGAGGGGAGCUCAAGGAGCAACAAAAGAACAUUGGUAUCAGAGAAUAGCAAUUCCUGGUUCUUGGCAGAAUUCCCAUCAUCUUUGGAGAAAGUCGCGUUUCAGAAUGAAGGGUGCCAGGCUGAUGGGGGUGUUGCUCACCCUGGCUGGUGUGCUACACAUGGCCCUGCCCCUGAGAAUAGCAGCCUUCAACAUCCGGACCUUCGGGGAAACCAAGAUGUCCAAUGCCACCCUCGCCAACUACAUUGUGCAGAUCCUGAGUCGCUAUGACAUUGCCCUGGUCCAGGAGGUCAGAGACAGCCAGUUGACGGCGGUGGGGAAGCUGCUGGACAGACUCAAUCAGGAUGACCCCAACACCUAUCACUACGUAGUCAGUGAGCCACUGGGGCGCAGCAGCUAUAAGGAGCGCUACCUCUUCGUGUUCAGACCUGACCAGGUGUCAGUGCUGGACAGCUACCAGUAUGACGAUGGCUGCGAGCCCUGUGGGAACGAUACCUUCAGCCGAGAGCCAGCUGUUGUCAAGUUCUCCUCCCCAUUCACCCAGGUCAAGGAGUUUGCCAUCAUCCCCCUGCAUGCAGCCCCUUUGGAUGCAGUAUCUGAGAUCGACUCUCUCUACGAUGUCUACCUGGAUGUCCGGCAGAAGUGGGACAUGGAGGACAUCAUGUUGAUGGGUGAUUUCAACGCUGGCUGCAGCUACGUAACCCCUUCACAUUGGUCAUCCAUCCGCCUGCGCACAACCCCAGGCUUCCAGUGGCUGAUUCCUGACACCGCCGACACUACUGUUACGUCCACGCACUGCGCCUAUGACAGGAUUGUGGUUGCCGGAACUCUGCUCCAACAUGCCAUUGUUCCUGACUCAGCUGGUCCCUUUGACUUCCAAGCUGCGUAUGGACUGGACAACCACACUGCCCAAGCCAUCAGUGACCAUUACCCGGUGGAGGUGACACUGAAGACGACGGCUGAUCCUGUUCUGGGGGUGGAGUUUAGGAAACCAGUGCAAGUUCCCUGAGCACAGGAUCAGUGCCCCACUCUCCCCCUGUACAGCUUGAGGAAGGGGAUGGAAAGUUGGCCUUUUC